UCAGCAUAAAGCCUCAUCACACGACCUCGCGACUCACUGCAGCAUAAACAACACCAUCACCCGAACGAGAAAACACUCAAAACGCGACACCGAGAUUCGACAGAAGCUGUUCCUGAAGUCAUGAUGCUUCUCACGCUUCUUUUGGUCUCCACAGCUGUGGCAAGUCCCCUAUUGGGAACAGAGCAGUGUGCCCGUGGUCCCCCCUACUGGUGCCAGAAUGUCAAGACCGCUUCCCUUUGUGGUGCUGUCCAACACUGCCAACAGAAUGUGUGGAACAAGCCUCAGAUGAAAACAGUGCCAUGUGAUUUGUGCAAAGAGGUAUUGGUGGUAGUGGAGCAGCUGCUGACGGACAAUGUAACUGAGAGCGAACUCCUCGGGUACUUGGAAAAAGCAUGUCAGCUGAUUCCUGAUGAGGGCCUAGCUAGCCAGUGCAAGGAGAUUGUGGACAACUACUUCCCAAUUGUCAUGGGCAUCAUCCAAGGAGAGCUGGAUGACCCUGGUGUGGUGUGUGGCGCUUUGGGUCUGUGUGUAUCCCAGCAGGCAGCUCUGGCUAAAGCUCAGCUCACUUCCAACGAGAUCCCUCAAGUGGACCUGAAUCAGCGCGUCAGCCCUUUCCUGCUGAACAUCCCACAGCUGCUCUAUCCUGAAGAAAAAAGAGAGACCCCCAAACAGAAAGGUGAUGUGUGCCAGGACUGCGUUACGUUCAUCACUGACACCCAGGAUGAGGCCAAAGCAAAUUCCUCAUUUAUCAACACUCUGAUUGCACAGGUGGAGAACCAGUGUGAGCUUCUGGGACCUGGAAUGUCUGAUAUGUGCAAGGAGUACAUCAGCCAGUACGGGCCACUGGUCUUCCAGCAGCUCAUGUCUAUGCAACCUAAGGACAUCUGUGGACGCGCUGGCUUCUGCCCUACUAAACAGUCUGUGCCUAUGGAGAAGCUGAUGCCUGCCAAAUCCAUCCCUGCUGUCAAGAUGUUCCCUGCAGUUAAAGUUGAGAAACCGGUCGCGACCAUGCCUGCUAAGAACCUGGUGCGAGUGCGCGAUUCACCUCAGUGUGCCAUCUGUGAAUAUGUGAUGAAGGAAAUUGAGAACAUGAUUCAGGAUCAAACCUCUGAGGCAGAGAUCGUGCAGGCUGUAGAGAAGGUCUGCUACAUCUUGCCCUCCACACUCACGGCUCAGUGCAAGGACCUGAUUGAAACCUACGGCCAGGCCAUCAUCGAUCUCCUUGUGCAGGAGGCUGAUCCCAAAACAGUCUGCUCUUUCCUUGCGCUCUGCAGUGGGGUCAGCCAUGUCCCUGUAAUGGAUAAGCAGCAUUUCGUAGCAGGUGGUUUCUGUGACGUGUGCAAGAUGGCAGUGCGUUAUGUGGACGGGAUCCUGGAGCAGAACGCCACUCAGUCCGAGAUCGAGGAGGCCGUGCUGAAAGUCUGCAACUUCCUGCCUGACGCUGUCAAAGAUGAGUGCAACCAGCUGAUUGAGCAGUACGAGCCUCUGCUGGUGCAGCUGCUGCUUCAGACCCUCGACCCUGACUUUGUCUGCAUGAAGCUGGGAGCAUGUCCUGAGGCUGUGCAGAGGCUGCUGGGGUUAGAUCAGUGCAGCUGGGGGCCUGCAUACUGGUGUAAGAACGUGGAGACCGCCGCUCGCUGUAACGCCCUGGACCACUGCAGGCGUCACGUUUGGAGCUAAAGCAUGAGCAGAAUCCUUCCAGAACAAUCUUAGGAAACUAAAGGAGAAUUGCUGUAGAGCUGCUUUACUGUUUCAGAAUCAAUACUUGGGUUUUCUUUUAAAACGUGACUUUAAUCAUUUGAAUGGUCACCGCUAAUUUAACCUUGUUUGAGGGGGAAGAAAGCUUUUACUGAGAGGACGCGUGCGCACACACUUAUGAGGGGGGCAGGGGUUUGGAGGGAGGUAUGACUGGCAGGUGUAGCUAUAUGGGAAAUACUUGCACUGAGCUUUUUUUUUUUUUGUGUGUGUGUGCUAAUGUGAAGAUUUUUUUUUUUGUAGACUUAUUGUUGGUCGUAUGUUUCUUCAAAUAUGCCCCUGAGAGAGUUUAUAUGGAAAUAGAUUGUGCCUUUUAAAUGGAAAGGUGGUCUGAGACCCCUCAGCAUGAUGUUGUAAUCUCCCUGCCUCCCUCUUUAACUGUUAAUACACCUGCAAGGCCAGUGAUGUAAACAUUUCUGUUUUUAAUGGGUGACGUUUUUGGUCCUAACGGUAGUCGAUUCUGUUAUUGUGCUUCUUUAAUGAUCUGGAGGAGGGGAAGGUGAUGAUGACACUCGUUAUUUGAUAAACUGAUUGUUGCCCCUCAGUGAUUUGAUCACUCUCACUUCCUAAAUGUCAGAUUUCUUUCCACUGUUCAGACUGAGCCUGUUUUUAAUAAAAAUGACAAAUUAAACCGUCUUCAACCCCA